AUGUCUCUUAUUCUACAAUCUCACGAAUCCCUCCCUUAUGUCGAUGGAGAUAUUUCUGAUGCCGAUCGUGCGACAGCGCUCGCUCUGAUCACCAGAGAACUUCCUCUUGAUCAUGAUUCCACAAUUCACCCCUCUCUCGGUCUUCCUCCUACAGUCAAUUUUUCCGAAAUCGUUCUCACCGAGAUCAACCGGGUAGCGGCGGGUGAACCCUGGCACGGAGGAAUUGACCUGACCCGGUACGAAGCACCUGAUGGGCCAGCCAGUGAUACGUCGCAAGAUGCAUGGCGGCAAGCGCUAAGGAAUGCAUACGUCUCAAACAUGUAUCUUUCAGGCAGACACUCCAACCUCACAUUAUUAGAUGAAUAUGGCAAGAACGCUUGGCUGAUCGGCAAUUCUCAGCUGGAGAUUCUUCUGCAAGAACUUGAACAGGAGCUAGCCCGCCUCAAGGUUGACGUUGAGAACGUCAACAAAGCUCGGAAGGCAGCACAAGAAAAUUCUAGAGGAGAACUGCUGGGAUUGGAAGAGACCUGGAAACGUGGAAUCGGAAAACUACUCGAAAUCCAGGUUGCCGAGGCCGGCCUUCGACAGCUCAUCCUGGAGCGUAAGAACAAUACUGGGUCCUUAUCUGCCUGA